GACGGAGGCAGGACGUAAUUUCUGCCGAAGAGAUCAAGUGCUUUUGUUUACAGAUAUUUGUUUUACUUUUGUGUUUUUCAUUUUUGCGUCUGUCGAGUGUAAGACAGACACACUCGCUCGCAGUAAAUCCAGCGGUGUUUCUCCUGCUGUGUUCUCACAUACAUCCCCUGCUGAGAAUGUCCGGAGCAUGUCUGGAGUUCAGUGCAUGUCUCAAAGUAUUUCAAUGGUAAUGUGAAAAAAUCAAAGAUUUAUUGAUGUUUCACAGAGUCAUUUUUAACACAUUAAAAGUAUAUGAAUUCCUAAACAUUUUACUCAUAUGUGAUAAAUAAACACAUCUCAUUUCAAAGCUAUGAACAAUAAUAGGAUGUUGCAACAGUCCCUCCUCUUCCAGUAAGGCUUACUACAAGAUUUGGAAACCUGUCUGCAGGGAUUUCCUGCCAUUCAACCACAAGCACAUUAGGGAGGCUGGGUACUGAGGACGGGUGACAAGGUCAGGCGCAGUCAGAGUGUCAGCUCAUCCCAAAGGCGCUGAGGGGAAUCGAGGUCAGGACUUUAUGCAGAUGGGUAAAAUUCCUUCCCUUUGAUCUGGGAAAAGCUUUUUUUCCCUUGAAGUGGCUCCAUGCACGGGAGUACUGUCAUUCUGAAACAAGAAGAAGUCUAUCUCAAAACAGAUUAAAAAAAAAAACAUCACAUGUCAGUGUCUUGUCAUCAUUCAAACUUUUACAAUUGAUUUUAAGUCACAGGAAGGUAAAGCAUAAAAACUCAUUAUGACAUUGUUGAUUGUGUAAUUAUAUUAUUGGAUAUAAACUUUUUGUAGAAUAAUGUUAUUUUGCUUAAAAAAUUGAAAUCAAAGUUAAAUGAGUGUAGCAGAGUUCAUUAUUAUAUUCAUACACAUUAACUUAUCCGUAGAAAUCAAUUGAUGUAUUGAUAAUAAUAUAACCCACAUAAACAAUGUCCUUUGUUUUGUUUUUUUGUGUGUCUGUUGUGUGUUUAAAGUGUCAUCAACCCUACAACUCACUCACAGUGGGGUUCUCACAUCGACGUCUGCAGACUUUAUACAAGGUGCAGAAUCUCUAGAUCUGCAGGAACUGCAGCAGUUACUUCGUUCCUGUUGAUGUUGUCUCGUGAGAACUCUGCAAAUAACUGCAGUUACUGCAGUAGCAACUAGGAGGAGGAUAACAGCAGACAGUUAGGCUUAAAACUUUGAAUAUGGAAUGUCACUUGGCUGACACCACACGAGCAGCACGGAGGCAUUUCAGAUUUUUUGUCGUUAUAUAUUUAUGUUUGAUGAAGUGGUCACUAUUUACUUCAAUUCUAUUGGAUUUGGCUGCAACACUGUUUACCCCUGAGACUCCAGUAGUGUUUUGUGGACUCAAAUACUUUACCCACCCCUCCAUCGGCAUAGUGGUGGGUAGAGAAUGAGUGAAGUUUCAUUUUUCCGUGAACUAUCCCUUUAAGGGCUUGUUGCGUGAAUGUAGGCAGCUUAACAAAAACAAUUAGAAAACCCUACAUCACCAUCUAGCGCUCGGAGCAGAGACUGCCCCAGCACCGGGAUCCUGUCCGUUGAUUGGAAGCAGCCCUGUCUCGUUUCAUGGCGCAGUCCAUUCCUCAAGGAGUCGUGCCCGUGUUUUGCGGGACACCCCCACUGAAUAGCGGCUGACGGCUGUAGAGCAGCAGCCGCCUCGGGUCAGACAACGCUCCUGCAAGUCAUCCUGACUCCAGUAGUUCUUAAACAGUUGUGUGUGUGUGUGUCGAGUUGUCGGGUGUGUUCCUCCAUCAACCAGCGGCUCGGCGGCGCAGUGACAGCACCUGUCUGAGCUAGGUUCAACCAGCCGUCACCGGUUUAGCAACUUGGGCAGCUAGCAGCGCCAAAACCACAUGGACCCUCAAAACACCGACAGCACCGGGGCGAAGAUGUGGCUGAACCACGCCAAGACCCUGCGGCUCCACACCGGGAACCUGGUGAACCGCAGCCGCCUGAAGAAGAAGUGCCCGGGCUCCCCCGGCGAGGAGCUUCAAGACUGCAUUCAAGCUACACUGAGGGACUGGUUUUCCACAACAAAGCCGUCAAGUGAGAACUUCACAGAUACACUGGACUGCUCCAUUCCCCAGCCAACAGAUGCCAUCACACCUGAGGAGAGGGAAGAGGUGAAGGUUUCUGUCAAGCUGUUCCUGUGUGAGUCACUUCAGUCGUCAAUCACAGAUGCAGUGGAGAUGGCCUGCCAGACUCUGGCAGUGUCCCAGCUUGACUCGGUUAUCAUAGCGCCACCUGGGCCCCCGGAGGGUGACGGUCAAACACUGGCUCACCUUCAGCCAGCCUGGGAGGAGCUGGAGACCCUGGUGACGAGCCAGCGGAUCGCUGCCAUUGGCACCUCUGACCUGGACAAAGAUCUGCUGGAACAGCUUUACAACUGGUCGAAGGUGAAGCCGAGCAGUAACCAGGUCAACCUGGCCUCUUGCUGUGUGAUGCCUCCUGACCUCACAGCUUUUGCUAAAGAGUUUGACAUCCAGCUGCUCACACACAGCGAUCCCAAAGAGCUGAUGUCAGCAGCCACCUUCAAAGAGGCGUUGAAGGAGGGAACACAAGAUCUGAACAUCGCCGACUGGAGGCUGGAAUGGGUUCUGCGUUACUCCAUUAUUGUCAAGAGCAGGGGCAUCAUCAAGUCUAAAGGCUACCUUGUCAGUGCAAGGAAGGCAAGCCCUUAGCAAACCCCCACCAGAGAAGACGACCGGGAUGAAGCCAUUUUCAUUCACAUUUUCAUUCUCACACACACACACUCUCUCUCUCUCACACACACACACACACACACACACACGACAUGCAGUAAUGGCGCUGAAUACUGGAUGCUGCUAAUCAAAAUGGGUCCUGAAUUCAUUGAUUUAUCUUACAGAUAAGGUUCCAUCUUCUUCUUAUAUGAUUUGUUCGGUUUAACAGAUGCAGGUAUCCAUCACAUCGUCUCAGUGAGAUCAAAAAUUGUAGAUGAAUACGCGAUAUGAACCCCACUGUCAGUUUGGAGAGACAAGACUGUGAAACUCUCGUGUUUCACCAUGACCAGUACACUGACAGUCUUUUACCACCACAGCAGAGGCUGCUUUAACUAUGAGAAAUGACGGUUGAUCCAAGAUGAAGGUUCCCUGACCCUGUUCUCAUGUGAAGUGCCUCAACUUUUUCUCCUUCUAUCUUCCUACCUGCUUUGUCUCCACUGGGUCUGUGUGAAUUGAGCUUUAAACAUGUUGAGUCUGAAUGAAAAUAUUAUGAUUGCAGCAAAAGUAAAGGCUAGAAAUCUAUUGUUUUUAGCAUAAAAUUAUACCAAACAUUUUUAAAAGAAUAAAUGGAAACUAAUAUAGUUCGAGAAGUUGUAUAUUUGUGCAGUUUUGGUUGUUACUGCUGUAUAUGACACCAUUGCAUUCCACAAUUGAGAAAAACAUGCACUUUCACAUUUCAAUACCCAAAUAUAUAUGAGCGGUUUAUUUUAUGAUGCAGACUUUUAACUGGUUAAACGGACAACUGUAAAAGUAUAACUUUAAACUGUCGUGUUUUCUAACCAUGCAAUAUUUCUGACGAUGCAUUGAAAUAUAUUCCCCCCCGACGCUCAUGUGAUUAAUUUGAGGGUUGAAAUUUCAGCACUGUUUUGAGAUUGACAGAAAUAGGCCGAUGUCAUCUGUGUGGUGUUAUUCUAUCACUGGAAACUGUCUGAACUCAGAUGAGGUAGAAUGUUAACUCUGAGAAAGAAGUUAUUGUUUACGAAUCAUGCUUGGUUUUUCCAGACAGGGUCAGAUCUCAUGAAGACAAAUUAUCUGUUGCGCUGUAAACAUAUUUAAUGCUGUCAUAUAUCUGUAUAUCAUGACCUGGCUUUAUUAAAAUUAUGAAAUGAACCCUU